CAGCUCCACACAGACACAAAGCAGUGAAGGCUAUGGUGGGUGAAGACGUGCACGGACCUCCAGCGAGCUCAUUCCCACUGUGACUGACCUGCAGCGGUGUGUAAAUAUACAUAUCUCCUGUCGUGACAAGAUGUCUGUGAACGAGGUGUACGUGUUCCGACCCUUCAAGCUCAUCGCGCUGCUGUGCGUCUUCCUGGCGCUGUGUUUGGACGUGGUGGCUCUGCUCAGCCCAGCCUGGGUCACUGCGGACCAUUUCUCCCUGUCUCUGUGGGAGUCCUGCUCCCAGUCCGAGGCACGGCAUCCGACAGAGGAGGGUCAGUGGAGCUGCUUCUCCACCCUCACAUCUGACUGGCAGAUUGCCACGCUGGUGCUGCUGGUCGCCGGUGCUGUGGCAACUCUGGUGGCCUUCCUGGUGGCCCUGAUUUCCCUCUGCAGGGGGACACAGAGACGGCACUACCGCACCGUGGCUGUGUUCCUCUUCACUGCAGUGGUCCUGCAGGCCUGUGCUCUGGUCCUCUACCCGAUCAAGUUCAUCGACGGAACGGUUCUCCAGACCUAUCACGAGUUCAACUGGGGCUACGGGCUCGGCUGGGGAGCCACCAUCUUCAUGUUGGGCGGAGGGAUCCUCUUCUGCCUGCGGACGGACAUAUACGAGGAUGCCAUGUACUGAGUCCUUUCUCCAACCCCGCCACCCCGCCACUGGAAAUAUACACACAUAAACAUCCACACACACAGAAUUCCCAUACAGGAGGUGUGCUACUUUCUUCACUUCGAGCACAGACCCUGUCUCUCUCCCUCUCUCUUGCUCUCUCUGUUAUUUUUAGACAGGUUGUGAAGGCCUAAUUUAGGCCAGAGCUGUAUGAAUAGGAGCCCCACACCACCCCCUCCUCCCAUGCAGUCAGCGGGUCCCUCAGCCCUGCCGGUAUCAGGGAUGAGGUGGCAAAGCUAAAGCGCAGAGAGCUUUCUGGACAGGCGCGAGCCACCGAUGCUGGAUGUUUCCACCGCACGUUGACCUGGAUCUCUAUUGUUAGAGAAACGGGACAGUAGAUCCUCAGCACAGACCUGAAUGUGCAGUGACUGAACAUUUAAAGGGACUGAUUAACUCCACAUUUCCUUUUUUUUUUUUUUUUAUUCUUUUUGUAGCAUUUCAUGAAGACAAGCUUGUUGUUAAUGUAUUUAUGGCUUACACUUUAUAAAUAUUGAAAUACCUGAACUCUUACCCUCCUCCGUGUGUUCUAGCCGAAACAUAUCUACUAACGCUAAGCCUUCUGAUAUUAGAAGAAGUGUAAAUUAGACAGCUUCGAUAUACGCUAGAGCUCUCCAGUGUUUAUAGUUUGUUUGCAAACUCACACUAGUUUGUCUCAAAUGGAAAAAAAAAUGUAAAUGUGUACAAAGUAUUUCUACAUGAUGGAAAAUCCAGAAUAAACAGUUGUAGUUUUGGGAGUAUUA